CCUCAACCAUCACCAGUGUUUUUCGUCGUUGUAUAAACCACAUUCGUUUCUUAUCCGAAAAUUCGCAUUCGUUCAUUCCCUGGUGGAAAAUCAAACACUUCGUUUUCUUCCCGUCCAAUCCUUCCGCACACGAAAAUACCGGUCUUCACCACCGCUGCAAACCGCCAGGAUGCGCUCUGUUGCUUUCCUCGCCGCCGCGGCCAUCGUGCCCCAGGCCAUGGCUCACUACGUCUUCCCUGCCCUCAUCGUCAACGGAGAGGAGACGGCGCGCUACGAGUACGUCCGCGAGGCCAAGAACUCCAACUCCCCCGUCACGGACGUCACCUCGGACGGGUUGGUCUGCAACAUUGGCGGCAACGACGCCAGUGUCCUGGCUAAGACCAAGACCAAGGCCGUCAAGGCUGGCGAUGAGCUCGGCUUCACUGCUGAGAGCGACAUCAGCCACCCUGGCCCCCUCGCAGUCUACAUGUCCAAGGCCCCCUCCGGCGUCGCGUCCUACAAGGGCGACGGCGACUGGUUCAAGGUGUACGAGCUGACCACCUCGGACAUCACCUCCGCCGGUCUCCAGUGGGCCUCCAACGGCCUCCGCAACUUCACCUUCACCCUCCCCAAGGAGGUUCCCACUGGCGAGUACCUCCUCCGCGCCGAGCACACCGCCCUUCACGCCGCCGGCUCCAAGGGUGGUGCUCAGUUCUACAUUUCCUGCGCCCAGAUCUCCGUCACCGGCGCCGCCUCCGGCACCCCUGCGCCCACCGUCAAGUUCCCCGGCGCUUACACCGGCGAGGAGCCCGGCAUUAUGAUUAACCUGUACUACCCUGUUCCCACGAGCUACACUCCCGCCGGACCCGCAACCUGGCCCAACAAGUGCGUCGACCACACCGGCAACCUCGCCGGCCAGCCCUCGGACGGCGACUGUACUGGCGACGCCGGCGCCACCACCCCGACCAGCCCCGUUGCUCCGGCUCCCUCCAACGGCACUACUCCCGACGCCUCCAACGAUGAGGGCUGCGAGGCCGCUGCCGCCCGCCGUCAUGCCCGCUCCAUGCGCCGCCGCAACACCCGUGCUACCUUCUAAACGCCCCCUGUUUUUGUUCCCCCGAAGCCGCGAUGAUAGUGGAAGUGGACGACAUUUAGGAGCAUUUUGUCAAAACCGGGCGAGCACACCACCACUUGGAGGCCUGCGAGUCUAACUCUAUUCUUGUACAUAUAUGACUUGAGACACUGGAUGUAAAUGCU